UGUUUGAGUUGAGGUGAGAUUAAAACGAUAGCGUUUUCUACCUUCGUCCUGCUAUUAUUAGCAUUAGCAAUGGCAAAGAUCCAAUUUUUCCGUGAUCACUGAGCUUCAACGUUAUACACAAACAGAAAGAGCGAUGGAUCAUCCAUAUACAGGAGGCAGCUGGACAAUGAUCCCCAACGUGCCAUCCCACAGUAACUCCCCUGCUCACUCGAACCAAGACCAGUUUUACCUCCAUCAACAACAAUCGCAGCAGCAGCAACAACAACCACAAUUUAAUCAAUUUCAACAGCAGCAGCAAUUUCAACAACAACAACAACAACAACAACAACAAUUUCAGCAGCAGCAACAGCAACAGCAACAGCGUUUAAUUCAACAGCAGCCGCCGCAGCAGAAUCAGCACCACCAGUCGCUCGCCUCCCACUUCCACCUCUUACACCUGGUCGAGAAUUUAGCUGAAGUUAUCGAGAACGGAACUCGGGAUCAACACUCCGAUGCUUUGGUUAAUGAGUUGAACAAUCACUUUGAGAAGUGUCAGCAGCUUUUGAAUUCAAUAUCCAGCUCCAUUAAUUCAAAAUCUAUGACGGUUGAGGGACAAAAGAGAAAGUUGGAAGAAAGUGAGCAGUUGCUAAAUCAACGGAGAAACUCUGUUGAAGAGCUUAUCAAGUCUGAGCCAUGACUGCUUGACACUAGGCACGGGUAAGAAAUCCACAAAUAAAACACCAACUCUAGUAUAAGCUUAAUACCAUCUGAGUGAAAUUAAAUUAAAUUAAUUGGAAAGUCGCAGUUAAAAUCGAGGAUCACACAAAAGGUUGCAGAUAAAAUCUCCUUAUUAUUUGGAUUUUUAUCCUUGUUACAGUGCUAUUGUACUUCUGGACGUGUUUCUCAAGCUCAUACCCCUUUUUAUUUUACUAUUAUCUUGUGCAGAGCCACAGAAGCAAUAACAGUUGUUAGGGAUCUGUCAAGUAGUAUUGCCUUAUUGUUUCACUACUAAGUUUUUCACUAAGCCAUGCCUUGUUUCAAAAUUUUUGUUUAUUCUCAUAUCUAUAAGACAAUGAUAACUAUUCAAAAUCUUCGAAUUGUUUAUUUCAUAUAAUCUGCAUAAUUUGUCAUUUAGGUGCUGUUGCAUGUUGGAACUCUUUUAUGGUCUGUUAAUAUAAACUUCUGUCUUCCAGUAGUGCAUUUA